AUGGACAAAAAUGAGUCUUUUGAUGACUUCUGUAACAGAUCUUUCGAGAUUCUCUCCGAUUCUGUCAAGAGGAGAAUAAAACCAUUUGAAUCUCAUACUUGUGAAAUAACAUCGGAAAUAUCCAAAUUAGAGGAUUUCAUUAAUAAAAAGUUUAAAAAUGGCAAAAUAGGCAAAAAUAAGUUCAAAACCGAGACAAAUGUGUUUUAUGAACAGUACAAUGAAGUAAUUAAUGAAGAAUUAAGUGAUUCUUUAUCGGAUGAAAUGAGCUUCUGUUCUGAAUCAUGUCAAGAAGAUAAAGCUAUAGGACCACAUUCGUCAGAAUAUAGGAGUAGUAGCCACUCUGUAUUUAUAAAAGCACUGGGGAAUUUGGUGAAUUUGUAUGAAAUUCUGGAUAAAACUGGAGAAAUUUCAAAUUUUACAAAGGCGCCUCCUGUUCCAGUUACUGAAUUAUUUAGAAAACAUAACCCAGAGGCGUCUAAUAUCUUUGAUUUUUAUAAGAAUGAAGAUGAUUUGGAUGAAAAUACCCCAGGCUUAAUCUUUAAUUUCAAUGUUAUGAGUAAAAUAAUGACUGAUUCCAUUCGCACAUGUCUCGUGAGUCCUUCUGAAUUUGACAAAGUGUCAAAAGCACUAAAUUCACCGGAUGAAACCCUUUUCAAUUCUUUUAAUCAUUCUGAUUUAGACGCGAAUGAGUGUUAUAAAAUAUUGAAAGUUCUAUUUAGUUGGUAUUUUUCAGGCUACUACACGGGAAGAAUGGAAGUUAUAACCCAAUCCAGUGAUAAAUAA